AGAUAAUCCACGAGACCAGGACAUCCCUACCAGAACUAGUCAUCCACUGAAGGAAAGUGUCUACUACUGUUUUCCAUUUUUCAAGAUGAAGUCAACCAUCACUUUUACUGCUCUUGCAGCCGUGGCCGCCGUUGCCUUCGCCAAGCCCCUGGAGCCUCGCGACGCUGCUCAAGUCGCACACCUGACCUUUCACGCGGCACCCGUGUCCUACGAUCUCUCUGUCCCGGCCGAUGGCACCGUCGUGGAGACAAACAGCGACCUCAAUAUCAACCUCAUCGACGCGCCCGACUACAACGCCCUGGGCCAGUGCACCUUCACCUUUGACUCGAUCACGCAGCCCGCGCUGGCGCUGCACAUCACCGAGUCCGGCCUCCAGCAGAUCGCCGUGGGACCCCCCAGCGUGCUCAAGAGCGUGAGCUGCCUGGGCGCGUGCGUGCCCACGUACGGCGCCUGCUACGGGCCCGACGGGCAGUACGUGGGCCCCUGCUGCACGGGCUUCUGCGCGGCGUCGAGGUGCCGCCCGUGGGAUCUGAGCGUUUGAGAGCUUCCGGAAAGUUCGCCCCCCGGAGUGAAGGGGAUGCUUUGCAGCAGAGAGAGAGGCCAGGGGUUUCCCGUGUCUGGGGAGAGAGUUCGUCUAAGUCGUGGAGUAUGUGUUAUGAUGCAUGUGUCUGGGGCACGAAAGUAGAGGAAGAACUCUUUUGAGAUGAUUCCUCGGAGCCGGGUAUACAUAAUUACGUAGCGAGUCUCUGCUCAAAUUAAAAUCAUCACUCGUC